AUGGAUUCAGCGACGUACGCUGGGGGCCAACGUGGCGUUGUGCACUCUCUCUUCUCAUCGUCUACCAUGCCCAGCUCCGGCUCACAGCGCACUGUCGGGAUAACACACUUCUACAACAGUAGAAACGUCGGUAUCGAGGAUUCCACAUUCUGCGCCCGUGAUGAUGGGAGUCAAGAGCAUCCUGGCGGCCGCAUAAGCUUCGGCGACGCUACUCAAGGGAUGGUGAUCAAGGGAUCGAUGAUCCACUUGACUGCAGGGAGCCCACCAGGCGGCUAUAGCAGUCUACCUCCCCCACCACCACCGGGUUCGCUUCAUGGGAUGUAUGGGUCUCCCUAUGGACCCCCAUAUGGUGGCCCUUAUCCUCCUUAUCCGCCAUACGGUACAUAUCCCCCUCCGCCGCCACCAUCACUAAGGUUCUAUCCGAACGGACUACCCAUUGAAUACUCGCCUACCAGUCCAUGGCCAGGUUAUGGACCACCUCCGGCUCCGUAUGAGCCCCCACCUCCGCUCAACACAGAAAUGAAUCCGACACGCCCUUCCCGGCGUGGACAUAGUUCGAUUCCAACGCCCUCCGAGACGAUAAGGCACGAACGACGUCGAAAAUCGCCUCGGGCUGCUCGAGAAGUCUCGCCGUCAUCUCCGCCUCGCCCCGCCUCGAUGUCGCGGACGACGCCCAUUGAUACUCGAGCUCCAGCGCCGAAAAAUGCGGAACCGCUCAUCCCAAUGCGACCUAUGUCCCCUCUAUCCCCUCUCGAGUCCAUGGACGAAGACGAUCCCUCCGAUUCGACGGAGAACCUUGGGUUGAACGCAGAGGUUGCAAGCGAAUCUUCGAACAUGAAUUGGCCUAGGACGAGCUCAUAG